UCCAUGAUGACUUCCGGUUUGCUAGUCCUGUUCAGCCAUUAUCUGUUUUUUCGUUUCUGAAUUGUUCUGAAACAACUUUUUAAGAAGUAAUUUAUCAUGGUAUUAAAUCACUUAUCAAAGAUAUUUUUAUUAAAACCAAGUGCUUCAAUUUCUUUUAUACAUCAUUUUGCUAAUGUUUCCGAAACUUAUUUAGAAAAUGCAGUCGGAAAGCAUAUCAAAGUACAGGGUUGGAUACGCGCUGUUCGUAAGAUGAAAGAUAUUGUAUUCUUAGACCUAAAUGAUGGUUCGACUGGAAGAUUUUUACAAAUUGCAGUAGAUAAAUCCAAGCAUAAAACAUCAGAUUUGACUUAUGGUAGUAGUAUUACUGUUAAAGGUGAGUUAUCAGUUUCUCCUAAUGGUAAAAUGGAAUUACGCGCAGAUGACAUUAAUAUCAUUGGCAAGUGCGUGGUAACUGAUGGAUAUCCAUUUUCUCCAAGAAAAGUGUAUUCUAGUGAAUAUGUGCGGGAAUUUUUACAUUUUCGACCACAAACAAGAACUUUUGCUAGUACAUUAAGAUUACGUGAUAUCGCUACUUCGGUUGUCAGCGAUCACCUUAGAAACAAAGGAUACAUCAACAUUCACACUCCAAUUAUAACUUCAAACGACUGUGAAGGAGCAGGAGAAAUAUUCGUUAUAAAGCCCGAUUCUCAAGACAUUUUAGAUUCUAUGAAAAGAGAAGGAGUUAAUGAAGAUUGCAGUUAUUUUAAUACUAAAGCUUUUCUUACUGUUUCUGGUCAAUUUCACCUGGAAGCUGCUGCGAGGGCACUUACCAAGGUUUUUACUUUCGGUCCUUCAUUCAGGGCUGAAAAUUCAAAGUCUCGAUUACACUUGUCUGAGUUUUAUAUGCUAGAAACAGAAACUGCAUUUAUUACAUCGCUAAAAGAUAUGGCUGAGGAAAUAGAACUUUUAGUAAAAAAUAUUACCAAAGCUCUCAUUGAGAAAGGCGCAGAUGAUGUACGCCAAUUGGGAGCUCCUGAACCUAUUUGGUUGGAUAGAAAAUUCAAUUACAUUACUUAUGACGAAGCAGUUACUAUUCUGGAGAAUCAUGGGAACCGCCUCACAUUUCCUCUGAAAUAUGGAGAUCCUUUAUCCAAAGAGCAUGAAUUAUUUUUAGUAGAUCACAGCAAUGGACCAAUUUUCGUUGUCAACUGGCCGAAGCAAGGCAAACCUUUCUACAUGCGUGAAUGCGAUGAUGAUUCUUCAAAGGUGGAAGCGUUGGAUCUUCUUGUGCCGAACGUUGGAGAACUAGUUGGAGGCAGUUUACGUGAAGAUAAUUAUGAAAAAUUACAGUUAAAAAUGCCACCAAAUCCAAAUCUUGCUUGGUAUUUAGAACUUCGCAAGUUUGGUAACGUGCCAACUGGAGGAUUUGGAAUGGGUUUUGAGAGAUAUUUACAAUUUGUUCUUGGCAUUGCUAACAUUAAAGACACCAUUCCUUUUCCUCGAUGGCCACAUAACUGCAAUUUGUGAAUAAAGUUUUUAGGGCUGC